AUGCACUAUAUUUACUAUUUCAGGUAUAAAAAAGUAGACGUGACAACAUUAAUGGAUCUUAUUUUAUUUUUAUCUUCAUUGGCACAUAUCGCGAGCGGUGCGAAUGAAAGUCUCGGAGCUUACAAUAUCACAGACCACACCGUUAUGGAGAGGCAGAGUUACUCCAGUAGUUCGCCGUUAGGAGAAAUCGAAUUGGCAGAAAUGCAGAACUUAGGAGCACCUAUUAUCGUUGAGAGGUCAGAAAACACCGUUUCUUUCCAAUUUAGCGUAUUAUAUUUUAUCCUAGGCAUUUUCGUAUCAUUUCUAUUCAUAAUAGUGAUGUUUAUUUAUUACGUAACGAAAAAAAAGAACAGAAUAAGAAGCAUACAGGUGGUACAGCCAUCAAAACUGGAAUGGCACCAUGAGGCUGCUCGCGAACAAUGGAAUGUGUGA